AUUCGUUACUUUAAUAAACUGAAUAUCCAACUUGAAUAAAAGCUCCAGAACUUUCUUUUACAUUUCCAAAUUUUCUGACUGAUACAUCGAUUUUGGAACUUGUCUUCCCCUUCAGUUUUAUUUUGUUAAUCCAUAGAGCUUCAUUAGAUAGUAAACAAAAACUUUUCUAAUACUGGUUUUAAUAAAUAUUACACAGAGCUGGAUAAAAGCGAUUUUAGAGCUUUUAUUGCAAAAUUCUGAAUUUGCGUUGUAUAAAGUUUUGACAUUUAGUAUUUUUUUUUAUAUGGAAUUUUAGAAUUUGUUAUUUGCUUCUUGCAUUAGUCUUUAAUUAACUAAUCAAUUAGAAUUUAACGUCAUUAUUCUAGAUCUGAUUAAUUCCUUCUUGGUUUUAUGUAGGUUAUCUAUUCUAUUACAUUUUAUCUAUAUAACGUUCCAACCAAAACGAUUUUAACAAUAUUUUUGCAAGAUUCUAGCAAUUAUUUAAAUCUAAUUGCAUUAUUCUACUCUCAAAAUUCUAAAGCUUGUUUUUUUUUUAAGAAAACGGAAGGAUAGCCUUAAGGAGUUUUAAUAUUCUUUCAGAGAUUGGUUAUGUAGAAAACUAAAGAUAAUAAAGACGAAUAGUAGGGGUAUUUUUGCAAAGAAAAUCUUGGUUUUAUCCCCCCACUUUACUAAAGAAUAUUUAUAACUAGAGUCAGCACAAAUACAUUCAUUGUUCCCAACAAUUACUCUUCAGCUGUUAUUUUGAAAAGAAAUCGAUUAAUCAGCACCCUAAAACGUGUCGAUGGUCCGUUUGAUUUUAUCUGUGUUUUUUUAGUUAGAAGAUUUGCCAUCUAAAAAGAUUUGCCACCUUAAAAAGAUUUGCAAGAACUCAAGGGUUCUCACAGAGCUCCCUUGGUUUCCGCUGAUUCAUUUCUCACGGUGUACAAUGGACCUUUGUAGAGGAAGAGUGUGAAUAAUGGUGUUCCUCAAUGGGCUCAUUCAAGGUUCAAUGUGAGACUAAAAUAGAAUUUUGAUUGCAAAUUUCUCUCUCUCUCUCUCUUAAUUUUCAACUACUAAUGUAGGCGAGCUUCGAAAGCACCGUGUGCAUCGAAAGCAUUUCAGUAUUCAUUCGGACGGGGAGGUAAUCUUUAAGCCUUUUAAUUGCACGAAGGUACAAUUUCUAUGUGAAUUUUGCGCUUUUUUUACCCUUUUUGCUGCUCAGUGCGGAACACUGAGGCAACCUUUUGACGAAUCGAAUCAAGAAUUUCUUCGCAUUGUGGGGAAACAGGCUGGUUACCUGCGAGAGUGUUCCACCAUCAUUAAAUUUUCACGCUUCUCGGAAUUUUUGACAAACAAAUUAUUAUAUUUUUCUUCUUAUUUUUUUCCUGUAUACCUGCGGUUUUUUUCUCUAUAGCAACUGGAAAAGAUAAAGUGAGUGCGUGUUGGAUUUCGGAGGACUCUCUUACCGCAUCUCAAUGCGAGUGUGUGCUUGCAAAUCCAUGGAAGGAUAGCGAUUUGGGUGAAAUGCGGGAAAACGUGUGAAGAAAAUAAAAUAAAAAAAGUCGAGUGAUGUUGAGGAAAAAAAUGUAGAGGAAAAUCAAACGAGAGACCUCUUUUAUUUCUUUUCCUUUCAUUUUGCCAUGGUUUAUCCGUUGGCAUCGCAUCGUUUUCGCCUUGACGGUGAAAGUGUGACACCGACAUAAGCAGCAGACGAAGAAGACUCUUGGAAUUUUCUCAUCAAAUUCUUUUCCAUUGUGUUUGUGUGAAUACUCCGAACUUUUUUUGGAGUAAAGAAAUAUCCUCAGGGUCGUGCCAUUUGACCCGUGUGUGUGCUGUGAAAUUGAAAGUCUGGAAAUUGGGGCAAUUCUUCCCCCUUUUCUUGUAGACUGUUAAGUUUUUUUUUCUUCCUCUUUCCCUCCCUCGUGAUUUUUAGGCCUAAGUGCCGGUGUAGUUUUUUUUUCUACUUGUGAUAUUUUUCGUGGGAACAUAGGUGGGGUCACGAUAGAGGGGCUUAGUGGGUAAAUGAGAGUAGUAGGAGCGGGUCCGGUGGAUGCUGCAGCAAAGCCAGGACCGAUCGCCAUGUAUCGUGGGGGCCAGGAAUGUACGUAAUAUUCCCAGCAGAUGAACUACUGUGUAUGACAUACGGUGCUGCUGUGCCGAGAUUCAAGCCACGACCCACUCUGGACAACCUGCGGGAGCCUCUUGUCCUGUCCCCCACCAGGCCCCCACCCCCCAGCCCCGUAGCCCUCGAUGACCCCCUCGACCAGCCCACCGACCCCACGGAUCCCACGGCCGACCUAUCCGUUGACCCAUACGCCGACGAACCCGUGGUAGACGACCCCUUCUACGGCCGUGACCCUAGUGAAUUUUUCGAGACUGCCGUCCACUACCCCGUCCUCCCGCCGCCCGCCGUCAAGCCCAAGAAGCACCGUCCACGCUUACACAUAAACUUGGGCCGUCUCGGCCGACACGCCGCUACGGACCACAUUGAGCCAACACGGCUCCGCGAAGACCUCAACAUUCACGUCUCCAAUCCUACGUUUACGCGCGAGAACCUGAGCAAGCGGAACUACGAUGCCUUCUUCGAGUCCGGUGAGCCCGUGUACUCACUAGAGAAGCGCGUGCCGCCAUCGCACGAAACGGAGCCCCCGUCGCCGUCCAUCCCUGAGGAACCCCAACGCCACUCCCUUGGCCUCUUCCACCAUCGUCCACGGGUGCCGCCUCGAGCUCGCAGCGCCGAUCCCGAGGGCGCCCUCGAGGCGUCCCAGAAAGAAUCCGCAAAAACUAACCGCAGUCUCUUCGGGUGGCGUGGGACUCGCUCCUGUUCCCAGGGGCCUCCCGCAAUGGCCGCCUCGGCGGGAAUUCUGCGGGACGCCUGCCAUCCGAGUCUCAAUGAAGCCCUCAAGUCACACAACAGCGUCACCUUUAAACUCGUUAAGACCGUGUCGGACUUUACGGAAACCCUUGCCCAAGUCUAUGAACAACAUGCGGAAGCUCUCCAGGUGCUCGUGUCGAAUUAUCGUAAGAAAAACAGCGAAUUGCGAAAGGAACGUCCAGCUUGCCAUUCAACACUUUUCCAUGCGUGGGAGACAUUCUUGCAGGAGAUUGAGGCGGACUCUCAGUCAUCAAGCGAUGUGGCGAGUGCCCUAUCCCGGCAGGUUGCCCGACCCUUGUUGGAGAGAUCGUUCCACAGGAAGGUGCAAAGUAGAAAAAUAUUUACUCAUCGGGAAUCAUUUGACACAAUUAUCGCAAAGACUGAGGAAAAAUUAUCAAAAUGUCGAAUGGAUUACAAACAAAGCUUUAUAGCUCACCGUUCGAAUCCCACCCAACAUUCUCUGACUCUCUACAUCGACUCCCACAAUGCUUACGUGCAACAGUUGCACGCGACCAAUGCGAUGCUCGAGUCGUACCACUGCGAAACUCUGCCGCAACUACUGCAGGAACUCGAAGACAUUUACAAUGAUCUCUGCGCCACAAUCUCUGAGGCUGUCCUCCAGGGAGCCGAGGCCAUCUCCACAAAGGCAAUCGAACAGGCAAAGAGAUACGAUGGGCUGUCGAAUCAGUGCAAGUCGGUAUCUGGACCACAGGAUCUCGGGCACUUCACACGAGUCCUGCCGUUGCCACCAAAUCCCUCGAAAGUUCCUAAGAAAGCCUUCGCACCACCCCAACCUGUCCCUGGACCCGAAACCGAGGAUGCCCAGGAGUACGAUGAAAAUCUUCCUCCGCCUUUGCGUAAUGAAUUGGUCGUGGAACGGGGUGCCUCAAUUCAAGUUCGACCCUCUUUUGAAGCCCUCAAACGUGAAGCUGCUGACUUAGAGAUGCAAAUUAGACAACUCCAGGACUCUGUAGAUGCACUAGUCCGUAACCAAUUGCGAGGUCUCGAGAGUCAACUUUACAAUAAGGCCAAUGAAUUGCAAGAAGACAUUUCGAUGAAAAAGUUUGACCUCAGGGCUAAGCAAAUACAUCUGGCAGCUGUUAGGGCACAGAAGGAUCUGUUUCUGGCAAGAGUCGAACCAGGAUCACCUCGAGGCGAGCGAAAGCUAUCCGUUUCGAGUUCUUCUUCUAUGAAGACAAAGUGGUUGAAAGCAUUCAGGAGCUUAAAACCAGCUUCAGGGUCAGCAGCAAACGAAAAAACGAAUCAAAUGUAUCACGCAGUGUCAACAGUUUUGACGAUGAGGAAGAAUGGGGCGGCGGCGACGGCAGAAAGGGUACGCGUCGGCGAUGGAGACACCCACAAUUUGCAGGAGUACACGUACAAGAAGAUAACACCAUGCGAUGUCUGCUCUCAAGUCCUAAGAGGGCACACGAGGCAGGGACUUCGAUGUCGCAUCUGUAAAAUGAACGCUCACGCCGACUGUGCGUCGCAGCUUCCCAAAUGCCAAGUCAAGCAGAAACUUCUGCGUCGCCAGAAGAGUACCUCAGAGAUUGAGAAUAGGGUUGAAGUGGAGGAAGAAAGGGAAGGACCAAGUCUCCUCUCGCGGCAAUUGUCAACGAGACGAGAAUCAUAUGAAUUAGAACCCAAUGAGAUAGACCAAAUCUAUCAGGUAUUGAAACAAGCGGGUGAGAUCUCGAACAAGAGCAACGAGAAAACGGGCAAUGGCGCACCCACAGCACCGCCGGACAUUAAUGUUAUCAAAGCACCCGAAUGCCCGGAACGAUCAGCACUGCGACGGGCACCGCCCAAGGUGCCCCCCAGCCAGGUGGUGCCACCGCAGCAGCGGCAGGGUCUCUCGGCUCCAUUGGCCGAUGUAUCGAGCUCAGAUUGCCGAAUUCCUGUCCCAAUGGUUGCAAAUAGUAACACACCGCCGGGAGCUUUUGACACCGGAACAAGGAGACGCCUGUUUGCAGGUUUCCGCCCACUCUCAGGUUUUGGUCGUGGACGCUUACGGUCUGCUCAGCAUCGGUCUAUAUCGCUUCCUGAAACAGCCCCCCAUUCACCACGAAGACAAAAAUUGAAUUUACGUAUGAAAUCCCUGAGUUUGGAUUCACCCGAAUCGACGGAGCUGCAUGGACAGAUGAGGCGUCGUGGUCACCCCGGGCCAUCAAGUUCAAACUAUCACGGUGGAUCCGGCGGAGCUCUUGAGCACAGUACACCACCAUCGAACAACAGUCGCCUUCACUCUCCUUCGAGUCCUUCCCAGCAGCAGAGGAAGCUUCUUUAUGCCAACCGUGGCCUCCGUACGGGAUCUGUGGAUCUACCUGAUGACGUGGAGAAGAGUCAGUCGUCGGCCAGCACGUCGCCAUGUCCAUCUCCUGUAAGACAGAAUCAGAAGCCCCAUCGAUUGUUGCCGACAAAUCUCUACGUGGUGCUGUACAACUUCAAAGCACGCCAUCAGGAUGAAUUGGACCUCAAAGCAGGCUACAAGGUGACAGUAAUUGAUACGUCAGAUCCGGACUGGUGGAAGGGAAAGUGCCUAGGGCGUGUGGGAUACUUCCCAUCCAAGUACUGCACGAGAUUGGCUGCCGGUGAGAAGCCCCUACAGGUCACACACAAUCUGCAAGUCAGCGAUGGUGAGCGCGGAGACAGCGGCAUGACGCUCCUCAGGGACCAGAUUGUCAUACAGGUCGGCGAAGAAGUCGGUGGAAUGGUGAUGGUGCGCUCAGCUGAGAACCGCCAGGGCGUUUGUCCGGUGAAGUAUCUUCAGGAGGUGUGACAGCCAGAGCCUAUUAAACCGGACCGGGACAAAAAUGGAAACGAAAAAUGUGAUUCAAGCCGCAGGAAGGAUAAGAAUUCAAACUACGAGAGACACCAGCACACCGGAAGUCGCCGGAAGUGUGCUAAU